CCCUGCAAUUUCACAAGAAAAACACCAAACAAACCGCUCUUUCCAGCUAUGGCGUGCGCCCCCAUCGGACCCCACAACCCUCCGACACUCCCGCCAUUCCCGCCAGCCUCCCACAGCUUCAUCCUAUCCCCUCUCGGGCUCGUCCUCAGCUUCAUCGCCGUCAUCCCCAUCCCCGUCGUCCUCUGCUUCUUUGUCUUCGUCAUAAACCGCCCCCGGGUCCCUGCCCUCGGCCGCAGCCGCCGGAGAUUCUCUGGCGAGUCCCGCGGCGUCGAGGCGCCUGCCGCGGCCGCAAUAGUUAAGCUCCGGAAAGAGGCGGACGCGGAGUGCCCGGUGUGCCUGUCGGCGUUCGCUGAGGGUGAGGAGGUGAAGCAGCUCAGCGCCUGCGACCACUACUUCCACGCACCGUGCAUCGACACGUGGCUCAGCUCCCACGCCAACUGCCCCGUUUGCCGGGCUUCAGUCGCGUUGAAGAGGCCGCCGCCGCCGCUGCCAAGGUCGAAUACCGCUGCUGCCAGGGAUCCCGAUCACCUCCAAGGCCUGCCCGAUGCCUCCAGCUUGGUCUGAUGAGCUGUUAUGUACACUCUCCGAAUCCGCCAUGGAUUUGGCUCGGACCAGCAGCCCCUUCCAUAUGUGAACUUCCUGUCGGAAAUUCAUCAUGCAAGAGUCCGUACAAAUUAUGGGUUGCAACGGUUGAGAUUCAUUCUGUCAUGGGCCGAGAGGAAAGGGCAAGUGGACCAUUUUGCUAUGCCGAAGGAGAAAAGAUGGGUCUAUUGUCUAAGUCUAUUCCAACAAGAGCCUUAAGACCCCUCUAGGGAAGGAUUAUCAAUGAUGCAGUGUUCAUUUUUUCCAGGGAAGGAACAUGUCACUUAUUAUA